CCAUGGCCGUCUGAGCCUUCUUGUCCAUCCCUUGUGCCAAACCCUCUCCCAUCCUUAUCACACGGUACAGCAAUCACUAUGCUGACCCAACGAAUCUUGACCCGGCGCCUGCCCCAGGUGGCCGCCCGGUAUACCGUGCCUCGCGCCUCUUUCUCACACGUCCGAAGUCUCGCGGCUACGGGCGGGGAAGACCCUUUGCAGAACGGCAACUACCCGAACCCGCCCCGUGUCAAGCGCGCCUUCAGAGAUCCGUACGGCGACUGGUGGGACAAGCAGGAGAGGCGCAACUUUGGAGAGCCCGUUCACGAAGACAACGAAAUCCUUGGUGUCUUCAGUCCCGAGCAAUAUACGCAUGUCACGGCUCGCAAGGGCCUCUUCCAGCUCGGCGCGUUUGUCGUAGCCUUUCUGGGACUGUGCGGCACUGUCAGCCUUUUCUACCCAGACAAGCCCAGCGUCCCCAAGACCUACCCGGAUGGGUUGGAGAAGGAGCUAGGAGGCCCCGGAGCUUCUCCCGUGAGUGGAUGACCCGUCUGCCAAUGCAAGAUCCCCCCUAUGCUAACAAAGGUCCGUCAGGCCCGCAAAACCGGCGACUCUUGGUGAGCGGCCUUGGCCUUGCCGUUACUUGAAAUCCUGUGUAAAUAAAUAC